AUGUUUCAUCCCAUAUUACUUCAAACUUACAAACAUUACGUUUGGUUGCACACACAAACUUUUAUCAAGCACAUCUAAAUUUUCAGUAAUAAUACAGGAUAAAUCACACGACUUGUUAACAACUCACAGAAUAAAAAAUGGCUCGAAGGGUAUCAGAAUUUUCGGAAGACGCCGCCCCAUGGUUUUUAGAAGGUGAUGCUGCAGAGCUGGAAAACGAGGAAGAAGGCUUGGAAGAGGAAGAGCCGGCGAAGUUCAACCUGUUUGAACCGCCACCUCUUUUGCCCAUACCGAUAGGAAAAAUCGUCGUGGACGGAUUCGGACUGUGGAAGAGGCUCGCAGACGACCAGAUUACGACGGACAAACCCCAGGCCAUUUGCCAGGACAUAAUAAGAAGAUACACAUUAAUAAACGAUAACAGAGUGACGGUUCAGGUAAUCAACUACGGGGCGACAAUAACGCACAUUUCCUAUCCGGAUAAAAAUGGCAAGAUCGAGGACAUCGUGCUGGGCUUUGACACGUUCGAAGAAUACCUUCAAGAUGAUAAUCCUAAAUUCGGCGCGACAUUAGGCCGAUACUCGAGCAUCAUCUCCGAUUCGAAAGGUAAAAUUGGCACUGAAGAGUUUUUCCUCACGAUGAAUCAAAACGAGGAUCACGUCUUGGGUGGAAACGUCGGUUUUGAUAAGGUGAUCUGGGAAUCUGCUGUACACAAGGACACAGUCGUUAUGACAUACACGAGCAAGGAUGGUGAAGAAGGCUACCCGGGAACGGUGAUGGUCCAGCAGACUUUCCACCUCACACACGACAACACACUGGCCAUCAGCGUGUCCGUAACUUCAUCCAAACCAUCUCCGAUUAGUAUCGGAAACAACAUCUUCUUUAACCUCGCUGGUCACGGAGCAGCGAACGAAUUGGCAAACCACUGUCUGAUGGUGAAUGCCGAUAAAUGGUUGAUAACUGAAGCUGGAAAACUCACCGGAGAUGUGCAGAACGUCGGUGGCACCUAUUAUGACCUAAGGGUGCCUAGGCCUUUGGGAAAAGCAAUAGCUCGCGCUCCUGGAAGAGGAUAUGACACGUCCUUCUGCUUGACCAAAGGCAUGAUUAAACAAGCCGUCACGUUCGCAUGCAGGCUGGCUCACCCAGAUUCAGGAAGGUUCAUGGAGAUGCACACAGACCAACCUACAUUACAUAUCUACACUGGGAACAGCCUUCCAAACCCAGAUAUGCCAUUUGGCGGGGGAGAAGCUGGUGGUACAAAAGGUGAUCUUUUCACGUUAGCUGAAAGACUUGCUUUUCUCUGUAGAGAUAAAAAAGAGGAAGGAGAAGAUAAUUGGCCUAUAAGAAUGAUGUCAACAAUUUCUUGGCCUAGGCCAGCUUCAGACCCGUCAGAGGAGCACAUUUUCAAAAGAUUUUCCGAGUUGACGCUUACGUCAAAAAAAUCUGAAAGUAAAAAAUCACUCCAUGGUAGCAGUGCUUCCAUGAUGAACAAUGCUGGAACAGCAGGGAUGGAACGGGGAGAAGGGGAAAAGGAAGAAUAUGAAAUGGUCGACGCUGAAUCCGAAGGCGAAGAAGAAGAAGUGCCAAAAUGGGAGCCGCCUAAACCGAUUAAAGGCAAAAAAGGUCUGGAAUACAGAAACCACGGUGCAAUUUCGUUGAUCUCACAAGAGUAUCCCGAUGCCUUUAAAUUUAAAAGGCAUCCGAGACCUAUAGUCUUCCCAGGAGUCACAUACACAAGAACAACUUAUUAUAAGUUUGGAGUAAUCGUACAAAGAGAUCCAAUGGAUAAGCCUCCAGUGGAUGUAAACAAUUUAAAUUUUAACCCAACAGAAUUUUGAAAGUCUCGUCCCAUUAAAACUUAUAACAAUA